AUGGCGCUUGUGCACCUGUUUGCCCUCCUCUUUUCCGCGUCACUGGCGGCCGUCCCGGAUCCGCCCUCCCAUCCCCAUCCCCCCUAUCGCCUGGUCCGUCUGUCCCUGUACCACACUGCAGUGAGUCACCCGGUGUCUGCACCCCUUGGAAUCGAUGACCAGCUGAAACUGCAUGGCAAUAAUCAGCCGACAAAUGUCAGCGGGACGCACAUUGCAAGCAGGGGGGAUGAGAGUCCCUCUCACCCUCACCCUGGCCCAUCGCAGCCGGUGGCAGAGGAGCCUCCAGCAACCAAGGGCGGCAAGGAUCAUGCGGGAAAGAGACAAGGAGAGGGCAGAGACGAGGAGGAGGAGGGAGAGGACGUGUGCGAGGGGGACUUGGACCAACGGCCCAAAAACAUGACGGUAGGCAGGCAUGUGCACGGGGUGGCUCAGUUCGCUUGCAGGCGCUGGAUUGCAUGAAUGCGAUGCGGGCUGUGCUGUGUGUCUGUACGUACGUAUGUCUGUGGGGUGGGUGUGCUGUGCAGGCGUGUGAAUACUACAAGGAGUGUCCCGAGUAAGACGAAAAACAGCAUACACACAGAAGCAUCCAUCCAUCCACUCGUGUCUCUGUCUCUCUGUCUGUCUGUCUGUCUGUCUCGGUGCAGGGAGUCGUUGGUGCCGUAUGGUCAGCUGCACUACUGCCACACACAGAGCAUCCCGCUGUCCCUCGGUGCGGGACUCCUGUGGCUCGUCUACCUCUUCAUGGCUGUAGGAGACCUUGCUGAUGGUAGACAGACAGACACGUGGAGAGCCGUGGCAUACCGAGCACUUCGCUUGGCGCCAAGCGUGCACGGCGAGUGGUGUGGUGUGCAGGGUACAACUCUCCGCUGCUGAUCGACGUGUGUGACAGAAUGGGUCUGAGCGAGCAGGUCGCUGGUGCCACCUUCCUGGCGUUUGGCAACGCCGCGGGAGACGUCGUGUUGGGACUCAGUGCCAACCUCACUGGCGGCGAUGACAACCUGUACCUGUAUGUGGGCAUGGUUGUGGGCGCAGUCCUGUUCAUCACACUGGUGGCCUUGGGCGGCAUCAUCUUCGCAUCUCCCGGCGUCUUCCUCCACCCACGAUCACUCAUCAAAGAUGCAGGGUGA